GUAAUAUCACAUGAUGGGCUACCAAUAUUUUUCUUCACAUCUUCCUCAGCAGACAUGCAUUGGCCUGACCUUCAUGCCCUUUUUGGUCAUUCGUCUGAAAAUUUGCCAUCACCUGAAUGUAACCGUCAAAAUGUAAUAAGCAACCCACACAUUACUGACUGUUUUUUCGCAUCAAGACUAGAAACCUUUGUUAAGUACUGGUUGUAUAAAUCACUUGAUGCUGAGUGGCACUGGUACCGAUUUCAGUACCAAGCUAGAGGAAGCACUCACUGUCAUGGUGUGGCAAAACUUACGAACGACCCAGGGUUUUGU